GCGUACCUAGCUAGGUACGCAUCUUUAAUUUCAUUCUUUCUCCAUCUUUGGCCUGCAUCCUAGCUAGCCAGCCUAGCUUCUUCCAUAUCUACACGACUGCAUAUGAAGGAGCAAAUUAAUUGGACGCCGACAACCACAACGAGGCGGAGCGACGACAAACGAAAGCUCGACUCGUGGGAGGACCAACAGCAAGAUCUCGGAGGGUGCGUUUGGCCUCCGAGAUCUUACUCCUGCAGCUUCUGUGCCAGAGAGUUCAUGUCCGCCCAAGCUCUGGGCGGGCACAUGAACGUGCACAGGAGAGAGCGAGCCAGACUGAAGCACCAGUCAUCGUCUCAUCGGUCUCCUCUCUCCGAUGACGACGAUGAAAUCGGCGAGAAGAAGAGGAAGAAGAAGAAGAGUUGUCUGGGGAAUGUGGUGGAAGAGUCGUCGAUGGUGAUGAUGAAGACCAAUGAUACUAAUGAUCUGAUGAUGUUUGGUUGUAUUAAGAAACCAGCUGCAGCUGGAAAUGAAAAGGCGUGUUUGGUUGAUGGAUUACUAUGCCAUCGUGUUGGUCGUCGUAUUCAUUCUCUGCAGCAGCCGGAUGGGAUGAUCAUGGAGGAAUUGGAUCUGGAGCUAAGACUUGGCAAUAAUCAUUCUCCUAAGGUGAAAUCAUAGUAACAUUAAAAUAGAUUAUUACUGUAUAUAUAUUAGCGGUUAGGGGGGUGCAUGUGAAUUUCUCCAUUUAUACUGUGUAUAUAAAUAUAUACUACUCCGUACUACGUAUACGUACUCCAUAGUAGUGAUUUUAUACCACCUCUGUCCAAUGUAUUUGUCCAAUUUGAUUUUUUUCUAAUUAAUCUGGACAAACUUU